UAGACCCAGCAGCUGUAAGAUUCAUGUCCACCACGUCCCUUCCCGAGUGCCCAACCCGGCCGGGCUUGUCUUUUCGGCCUGACAUGGACUUCAGGGAGAUUCUCUUGAUCGCUUCCAAAGGACAAGGUGUCAACCCUGUGCCGAAAAGGUAUAGUUUGGCCGUGGGGCCCCCCAAGAAAGACCCCCAAGUUAAAGGUGUCGAGCCGGCAGCUGUACAGGCUUUCCUUCGGAGGAAAGAAGAGGAGCUUAGACGGAGAGCCUUAGAGGAGAAAAGGAGGAGAGAAGAGCUAGUGAAAAAGCGAAUUGAGCUCAAACAUGACAAGAGAGCAAGAGCUAUGGCCAAGAGGACAAAGGACAAUUUUCACGGUUACGAUGGGAUUCCUAUUGAGGAAAAGUCCAAGAGGAGGCGGCCAGGGGAAAGCCGCCUGAACCAGGGAACUGACCACGAGUGUGCGAUGGAGGCGUUCCUGGACUACAGUCACGCUAAGUUGGAGCCCCCCAAAGCUGAAAGCAAACCAAAGGCCCCCGUUAAAAGUGCCCCUCCACCCAUGAGCUUCACUGACUUAAUGAGGUUAGCUGAGAAGAAGCAGUUUGAACCCGUGGAGAUCAAGGCCGUGAAGAGGGCAGAGCAGCGGCCCCUGACUGCUAAGGAACUUAGGGAGCAAGAGUUUCUGGAAUGCAAGCGCAGGAAACAGAAACCCGAAACAGAUGCCAAACUACCUCCGCCUGGGUCCAAAAGGGCACCGUCUCAAAUAGACAGCGUGGGCACAAAACCCAGCAAGGGUUCUGCGGACAGGCAGCUUUCUUCCCAAGGAUUGCCCCUGCCCCGUGCCGAGAAGCAAUCCAGACCCAGCACAGCCAAUGAAAGACAAGUAGCUUUGUCUUCAUCCAAAUCCACGCCUCUGGGAGAGAGGACCAAGGUAGGAUCCGGCAGUAGUUCCCAACCCUUGCUUCGGGAAGGUCACAACAGACCUGUCUUCAAUGGGACUGGAAAGCCCCACCCCAGCACCAGAUCACCAAGUGUCCCAAAGGCUUCUGCUAGUGGGACUCAGAAAUCUGCUUCUGAGCACCAAGCCAAAAAUCCUCUUCCUUCUUGUCCCAGCCAUUCCAAGCCUGGGCCCACAGUUCUCUCAAACAACAAAGCCAAGAGUCCAAGUUUGGGACAGCCAGGCAGCCACUCUGGCUCAGCUCCUGGGCGCCCUAGCCCAGGGACAGCUCGGACCACAGGUAGUUCUGUUUCCAUGCACAGGCGCCAGAAUGGCAGCUCCAGCUCAGGACUUGAGCAGUCAGUCAGUGGGAUCAGAAAGCUGGCCAGCAAUGCACAUCCCUCCGGACGAACACUCAAUAGCACCAAUGGACCUGGACGACCUGCAAGCAGCUCAACUGGCCAUGAGCGAUCCCCUAGUGGCCCUAGUGUUUCUGGGAGACCUGUGAGCAGGUCUGGAGGUCCUGGGAGGCCUUCAAACAGUCCCCAGGAUAUUCGACGCCCAAUGAGCAGCUUCGGCUCCUCUGGGCUGUCAGUCAUUGGCCCUGGGAGGUCCAUAAGGGGUUCCAUUUCAACUGGACGAACUAUCAGUUCAGGUCCUGGAAGACCAGUGAGCAGCUUAGGACCUGGACCAACAGUUAGUAGCCCAGGCCUCCCCAUAAAACCCAAGUGCACGGUUGUCUCAGAAACAAUUUCUUCAGAGAACAUUGUUAGUCGGUCAAGCAAUGGACAGAUAAAUGGAAUGAAGCCUCCCCUGUCUGGAUCCAGAUCUGCCCAAGGUCCCCAAAGGCUCCCCUUCCCUACUGGCUACAAAAGGCCUCGAGAGUAUGAAGCUGACGGUGAUGAUGAUGAUGAAUAUGACUCAGAAAUGGAUGAUUUCAUCGAAGAUGGAGGAGAACCUCAGGAGGAAAUAUCCAGGCACAUUCGGGAAAUCUUUGGCUAUGACCGAAAAAAGUAUAAGGAUGAAAGUGACUACGCCUUGCGUUACAUGGAGAGCAGCUGGGAGGAGCAGCAGAAGGAGGAAGCCAAGAGCUUAAGACUGGGGAUCCAUGAGGACUUAGAAGAAAUGAGACUGCAAAAGGCCAAGAAGCACAAGUACCAUUAGCUGCUGCUGAAUUUGUGAAUUCUGGGAUACUGCUGCAAGGAUUUCCUGCCUUCAGACUGAACAAGCCCCUCUUCAGUUAGAUUUACACGUGGGCCCUCAAGAGGAAGCAAUGAAGGAGAGCAUGCUGUCAUUCGCAGGCUAUCAUUUGAGUAUAG